CACCUCCCUCCCGGCUGACUAGUUAGCCCCUAGGCGGGGCUUGGCGAGGCCGCGGCGACUGAGGAGGCCAUGGCGACCGAGGAGCCCUGCGGGCAGGCGGCGCGGGCGUCUACCCCGGGACCCUGGCCCGGCGGGGUCCUGGGCCACAUGGCACGAGCUGCGGGGCCGCCUUCCGGGCGAAGCGGCCGUGGAGUCGCCCGAUUGGGGGAACGGACCCCGGCGGCUGUGGAGAAGCGGGGGCCGUACAUGGUGAUGCGUGGGCCUCCCAUUCAGGCCAAGCUGCAGAAACACCGGGACCUGGCCAAGGCCGUUCUGCGGAGGAAAGGCAUGCUGGGGGCCUCGCUGAACCGCCCCGACGCUUCAGGGAAAAGGUCAGUGAAGUUUAACAAGGGCUAUACUCCUCUUAGUCAGAAUCCAGAUGAAAACCUGGUGUCCCUCAACUCGGACAGUGAUGGGGAGCUGGAAUCCAGAUACUCCUCCGGGUAUUCCUCUGCAGAGCAGGUGAACCAGGAUGUGAGCCGCCAGCUGCUCCAGGAUGGGUAUCACCUGGAUGAGAUUCCAGAUGAUGAGGACUUGGACCUCAUUCCCCCCAAGCCUAUGGCCUCCUCGACGUGCUCCUGCUGUUGGUGCUGUCUUGGGGACUCUUUCUCCUGUACCCUCCAAUAGACAUAAGCCCCUAAGUGGGCCCUGCUUGCCGUGCCUAUGGAGUCCUUUGGGCUCUUCAUAGGUCACAGACUGCAGUGGGAACUGCUGUCAGCCCCAGAAUCACUUGAAGUACUGGCCUGGGAAGUCAGUUACCUGCAGUUACCCCUUACCUGGUGCUUCUCAGGCCAGAGGCCCCCACCUGGGUGAUAGGGUAGUAUGUGGAAUUCUGUAGUUUUCCUCUGCUGUUGGAGCAGAGUUUGGUAAAAAAACCACUUUAAUAAGGGCAGAAAUAGAAGAAUUCUGGGAAAAGGGCUUAUGUGCCCAAGUUGUGCUGGAUGGUGGUGUGCGGAGGCAGAAAAUUUGAAUAUGUGGCUUAUAGCUGGGAAUCUUUGAAAAAGAACUAUAUGGGACCAGUUCACGAAAUUUCUUAAGCUCUUCUCCUCUUCCUAGCUCCAAGACAGGUUUGCCUUUCAAGAAAGCAUAAAGCUUUGGCCUUCUGGUUGUGCCUGACUAUUGCAGGGAGGUCAGCAGCUUGCUUGAUGACAUAGCAGGUUCAAGGCUUCCAGAAUCCCUGAACCCAGAGCAUCCCCAACUGUUCCAGCUGGGUAGGUUUAGUGACUCUGGUCAGCCCUAGUUAGAGAAAAACUGCUCCACUAUGUACAUAUUUAUUUAUUUGUUGUUCCUUGGUUUCCAUUCUCCACCUUGGUCUUAGCUAGUUUCUUCUCCAUCCAGUCUCAGAAGACUGCAGAUUUUGGUUACCAGCAGAGGGAGCUGCAGAGAGCAUUCAAGUGUCUUCCUAUUUAAUAGCCUUGUAAACUUGACAAGCAUACUGGCUAAGCUGUGUGUGGUCUCUGACAUAGAUGGAGGCUCAUAAACAAGAUCAGGAGUAGAGACUUGUGCCAGCUCCCAAAGCCCCUGCCUAAGGAGAUAAUCUGCCAUUGCAGAGGGCCUCCUUUCACCCCAUUCCAUUGUGUCCAGCUGUCCAGAUUCCUCUGACCACAGCAUAGGCAUCACAAUGGAUACUCAGGAUUGGACUUUUUACAGUAAACGUUUGCGUGCAACACAGCCUCUCAGCCCCCAGUGUGAACACAGCAAAGACAGCAUAAUCCCCCCAUGACCCCUACUAGACAGCAUAUCUUGCUAGACCACACCACACCUCUCCCUAGAAUUUAGUUUGUGCUUUUGUUCGUUUUGCCUUACCUAGAACUGUGGUGAGGACUGAAUGGGAGUGGACAGGGUUCCCAGCCCAAGGGGCAUGGUAGUCAGGGUUGGAGUGUGGGCCCCACAUGGGAAAGUGCCUGGUCUCUUGACUUAUUUGAUGCUCUAUAACCACUAGGUAUAUAUGAGGGAUGGUGUGGACUCUUGCUUGCUCUAAUACUAUGUGAGGUGAUUGAAAUACUGAGAAUGUCAGGUUAAAAGGACAUAUCUUAGAAAGUAGAGAGGAAUACAGUAUCCAGGGGGCUGGUGCCCCACAUUCUGAGCACUUUGUGCAAAUGCUUGCAGGGCGUGAGGACACUCCUUUCUGAACCCUUUGCCCACCCACAGGCCUUUUUGGUUUCUGCAGAGGUGGAGAAAUGUACACAGAGGGUUCAAUAUAGGACAGUGUAGACAGUGGUAACAGAAAACCCAGUGGGGCCAGAAAGUGGCUGUGGCAACCAAGUGUGGGACAGUUUUCUGUGGGGCAGGUGGUUAGGACAGUGGAUAGAGCAGCCUAAGCAUUCGGCAGCUGUCGGUGCUGAGGGUGGCAACAGGACCCCAAGAUCAAGGCGCUCUGGGUGAUUGUUGCUAUUUGGCUGUGGCUGUCCCUGAAGAUGAUAGUAUGUUCCAGAGCUGGUUGACCCUGAGCGGAAGGCAUUACCUUUGUGGGAAAAGUUGCAGGAAACUAAAAUGGGGGACAGUGUGCAGUGAGGUAGGAUUUCUGGAAAUGGUCAGUUGUUUGGGGCCAGAAGCUAAAAUAUCACCAAAAAGCACCAAGAUGCCAGAGCUAAACUGCCUUAAUUGAGAGUGUUGGGUGUUCUGUAGGUAAGUACCCUGGGGACAGGUGUAUUCAGGCUAACGUCACAGAUGGGAGAGGUACUGUAUGGUGUUUAGAAUACUCUACAGAACUCUUGGCUUAGACUUCUACAGCUUUGUAAGUUUAUAAUAAAUACAGUCAUGCUAGUUGAGCUGUCUCUGUUGCAAUAGGAUUUUUCAGAAAGGCCCAGGCCGCAGUCGUUGCCCCUUCUGAAUUCUGAAAUAAAUAAAGAGCCUAAUAGCCCCAA